ACCAACCACCACAUUCCUUGUAUGUGACAUUUUAUGGUGACAAAUGUUUCCUGGUUCCUGAGUGACCUGCAGGUUGGUGCACGGCCGCCUGUCUGAUGUGCACUUUCUCAACACUUCAUAGUUCAUCACAAACAUUCAUCAUCAACACAUUACGUGCACACAAACUGUCAUUUGAGAGGAAAUGAACACACACAGACACACACUUGCUGCGUGUCACUUCCUGCCAGCUCAUCAGAUCAGACUUUCUCUCUUCAGCAUUUACAAACUAACCACUUCGAUCCUCGUUGAUGAGCUGAGCUUUGGUUUUAUUUGUGUUCUUAUGGUUAAGAUGGAGUUUUGUCCUCUGAAGCUUCGUCUCGCUGUGUGGACGAUGACGAGUCUCGUCUGUGUGUGUCCUCACGAGGUCACGGUGAAGCAGUCCGAUCUGAAGCAGUGUGACGACCGGCGAGUGUGUGUGACCGACCUCAGAGACUGUGACCGCCGACGCACUGCGUCUACACAGGAGACCCUGAACGUGUCGUGUCAGUACCACCAGUCAGCCGAGUCUCUGACCUGUGGGUGGAGCCUCCAUCCAGAGGGCCACGCGGAGCCGGCCGUGUCCUUCAUCUUCAGCAGCGAAUUGGUCAUCUACUCCUGUCCGGGCAUCUUCAACCCGUUGUCCCUGCUCACCGUGACGGCCCGGAUCAAGGACUACGCCACGGGGAGGGAGGUCUGGUCUCGUCCUUGGACCUUUCUUCUCUACGAUGCGGCCAAACCCUCUCGCCCCGUGUUGAGUCUGCUUCGCUCCACCGAGGACUCUGUGGUCGUGUCGUGGAGAGGCGGCGACGGCGUCUGUCGGCUCCGGUACCGGGUCGAGGGCGCGCCCACGUGGACCGAGGCUCCAGAAUCUGUGGCUGCACACGAAGACGAGACUCUGACCUACACCAUCAAAGACCUGCUGGUGUCCACCACCUACAGAGCGGCUGUGGCCUGCACCGAGGAGUCCGGCAUCCAGAGCGACUGGAGCGCCGAGGUCAGCGGCAGGACGCUGGACAGAGCGCCCUCCCGGCCUCCAGAGGUGUGUUACCGAGUGGAGAAAAGAGACUCUGGAUCUCUUCUCCUUCAUCUCAUGUGGAAGGACCUCGACCUCCGUGACGCCGGAGGCCGUAUCCUCGGUUACCGGGUGACCUACGAGACGAAGCAGCAGCCGCGCCGACGCGUUCAAAACGUCACCGCAGUGACGGCGCUGCUGGUGGUGGAGGAGGGGAACUGCAGCGUCGCCGUUGCGGCCUUCAACUCUGCCGGCUACGGACCGGCCGCGCGCCUCGCCAUCGACCCGCGGAGACGCAGCGGCCUCCCGCCGGUCAGACACUUGUGGGUCUCCAGUUCCUUCCCGACCGCCAAGGGCCUUCUGGUCCAAUGGGAGAACCCCUCUGUCCCGCCCUCCGUCCCGCCCGUCACUCAUCUGGCCGUUCAGUGGCGCUCCGGAACUCCUCCGUCCAACAUCAGCCGCUGGACGGCAGUGGAGCCCCUCGACACCUCCGCCGUCAUAGGAGACGCCGACCCCGAGGAGUCCUACCUGAUCAGCGUGCUGCCCGUCUACGGCCAGCGGUGUGGCCCCCCCCAGUCGCUGCCCGCCAGCCUGCAGCAGGGGGCCCUGAUGGAGGCGGUCCAACUGAAGGUGGUGGGCGUGACCAAAACCUCCGUGAGCGUGGCGUGGGUGUGGCAAAAGAAGUCUGGACCAAUCAGAGUGCAGAGAUACAGAGUGAAGCUGAGGAAAGACUCGGAGAGUCACACUCUGUCCCUGUGGCCCGACCAACGGCAGCUCACCUUCCUCAACCUGACCCCGAACACGGAGUAUUCCCUCCUCCUAUUGGCUGAUGACUCGUCCAGAAACGUCGUCCCCGUGAGGACAGACUUUGAUGAGGGGCCGGCCGUGGCUGCAGCGACUCCUCUGCUGCUGCUGGCCGCCGUCGUGUCCAUCGUCUCCAUCCUGACCAGGACUGUGUACAAGUCGUACUUCUUCCCCCACAUCUGCAGCCCUCGGGGCAGUGACACCGGCCGCUGGCUGAUGGACCCAAACCACCAGUUCCCCCUUCAGAAGACUGCGGACAGACGCGUCCUGGACCUGGAGGCCUUCCAGGUGACCCGCGUUCUCGGAGAGAAGAGUCUCAUCGUGGUCCGUCCCAGCUCAGAGGAAGACCUCCAGGAAGACCAGGAGGUCUUGACGGAGGUCUUCCAGGAGGACACCGCUCUGCUGUCCGUUGACAAACUGUCGGCCCUCCUGCUGAGCGCGGAGUACCUCCACGAGGCCCCGGGGAGCCCGGAGAACAAGGAGCGACCGGAGAACAAGGAGCGACGGGGGAACGCGCUUUUCCCCGCCGAGGAGACGCCAGACGUCGGCCUCUUUCCUCAAAGAGAGGACGAGGCGGCGGCGGCGGCGGGGAGAGAGUGCGAGUACGUGGCCCACGGGGCUCAUCAGAUCGGGCCGACGGACGCUGACACUCACUGAUAGUUUCAUUCACAACGUGGCCAAACGUGUUGAGAUCUCUGGAUGUCUUAUUGAACGCCUCACGCACAGAUUGAAAGCGUCGGUGACUCCCGUCAGAGAGGACGACCUGUCCUCUCUGACGGGAGCUGCUCUUGUGAUCACAGAACUUGUCCCUCUGAUUUCUGAACGUGAGUUCGCGUCUCUUUGCCUCCACUCGCACCUUUUUCUGAUGCAUUGAUGCAGUGAAACAGUUCACGAUACCUGCUGAUGUAACACUGAAGGCUAACCCCAUAGCAUGUACGGUUACCAUGGUUACCUUCUCUCGCUCUCGUCCUCAACUGCGGAAAUAAACGGGGACAAAAUACCCAGAAAGAA